UGAUAGAGGUCAUGUGGUCCAGCCCAGCGCUGGUGAAAUCAGUAAACAGUCUCCGCUUUUGCGAAAGUGUAAAAUUUCCUUGAAAAUUGCGUCUGUCCAGAAGGUUGACGGUUCACGCCUGUCUAAGGAGAGACCACGAGUGGAACAGCAACAUGCAGAACGUAAUAAAUUCUGUGAAAGGCACUGCUCUUGGAGUGGCCGAGUUUCUGACACCAGUACUGAAGGAAUCAAAGUUUAAGGAAACUGGUGUCAUCACACCGGAAGAGUUUGUGGCAGCAGGAGAUCAUCUAGUUCAUCACUGCCCCACAUGGAAAUGGGCAUCAGGGGAGGAGGCGAAGGUGAAGGCUUAUUUACCCAAAGACAAGCAGUUCUUACUGACGCGCAAUGUCCCAUGCUACAAGCGCUGUAAACAGAUGGAGUACUCUGAUGAGAUGGAGGCCAUAAUAGAGGAGGACGAUGGGGAUGGGGGAUGGGUGGACACCUACCACAAUUCAGGUGUAUCAGGGGUGACAGAGGCAGUGAGAGAAAUCACACUGGACAACAAGGACAAUAUGAACAUGAAUGUGCACUCAGGUGCAUGUGGAAAUGACGAUGAUGAUGACGACGAAGGAGAGGCAGCUGACAUGGAAGAAUACGAGGAGAGCGGGCUGUUGGAAACAGAUGAGGCAACUCUGGACACCAGUAAAAUGGUGGAGGCAAACAAACCCAAAGCUGAUGCUGUUGGCGAAGAUGCCAUCCUGCAGACUCGAACCUAUGACCUCUACAUCACAUACGACAAGUAUUACCAAACUCCCCGGCUCUGGCUGUUCGGAUACGAUGAGGACCGGCAACCCCUGACUGUAGACCACAUGUACGAGGAUAUCAGCCAAGACCACGUGAAGAAGACAGUCACCAUUGAAAACCACCCCCACCUGCCCCCUCCAGCCAUGUGCUCUGUACACCCCUGCAGACAUGCUGAGGUGAUGAAAAAGAUCAUUGAAACGGUUGCGGAGGGCGGUGGUGAGCUCGGCGUGCAUAUGUAUCUUCUCAUAUUCUUGAAAUUUGUCCAAGCUGUCAUUCCAACGAUAGAGUAUGACUACACAAGGCACUUCACCAUGUAAACUCAGCCUCAUCUCCGGACACACACACCUGUGAAACCCUCGAGCUCGGCCACAUGGGGGCGACGUUUGUUACACUGCCUGCGGCCUAUGGAGCCACUCUUCUUGAGCAACUUAACAAAUGUUGUGGUUCUCUAAGAAUUGUUAAAAAUGCUUUGUGUGUGUGUGUGUGUGUGUGUGUGUGUGUGUGUGUGUGUGUAUGUGGGGGAGGAGGUGGAGGAUGGGGGGUGGUAGGAAGAGGGGGGUUUGGAUGAUUCUUCAAUGCAGACCAGCAGGUUUGAUUAACACACUUGGUCACCUCUCAAUAAGGUAACUGCUCUAUGUGUGACUCAUCUCUCUCAUUGCCUCUUUGUCAAAUGUCCUAAAUUUGUAGUAUGUACCUGAGCACUCUUUAAAAGACAAAGAACUUAUUCGUCUAUGUAGAUUCGUCCAUGCAAAUCCGAGUUGCAUUAAAACUAAUACUAUCCGCUACUCAUAAGCUGCCCUGUACUUUGCUAUUAAUCUGCCUCAUAAAAUUGCACAUCUGAUCAUUUUUUGUUCACCUUAGAUCUUGCUUACGAGCACAGGAAACUGUGUAGCUGUGUCCUGUCCUACCCUCCUCAUAGCUUUAACGGAGUGCAGUGCUCUUAGCUGGAAAACAUCGCUGUUUUGACUUUGUGAAAAGUUGUCACAGUGGCCGAUGCCAGUUUGUCUUAAUGCAUUGUCCUCUGGGUGUGGAAAAAUAACUUUUGGGUGUAAUGUCAGGGAGCUUGGAGUGGAUCUCCCUUGUGUGUGUGUCUCACAGCAUGUUGUCAUGUGUCUGUCACCACUGCAGCAAUAUGGGGAAUUCCAAAUCUAGCUGUCCGUUGUCUCUGCCUGUAAUAAUGACACCUAAACGUGACUCGAGGUAAAACAUAUACUCUGCUCCAUCCGUGACGGGGACUAGACCGAAUACCGUUCUGGAAAUGAACGGUGUUCAAUAUGUGUUAUCGAUGAAUGUGAGAGGAAUGUUGUAUUGAGUGGAAUCAUCUGUUGGGAGUUAUGGCUGUUAUCAGACACUGAUUAUUAAUGCCCCAAAAUUAUGCCCGAAAUUAAUGCCCCAAAGAUCUCAGUCCCUUAAGUCAGUAUGAAAGACAGCUGCAAACUCAGGCACUGACAUCUAAAAACACCUCUAAAGUACAGUAUUUGCAUUUUAGACUGCAACAGGUGGUGUUUGCCCCCCAGCAACCAAUUCAGGAUCAUUUCACCUAAUGGUUGUCCCACUCCCGGCCGUUGUAAGAAAAGAGAUCAGUUUAAUCCAGGGUCAGUGCUUGAGAGCAGAAUCUAAUGGGUUUGAUUCCCCUCCUUCUGGAACAAGUAAUUGUUUUAGAAUUCAGCUAUUAUUACCAACAGAGUGACGGGUUCUAAAAUGAGUUUUACCCAAGGAAGAAAAAAAAAACUUCUUAAUAAUAUCAUCAGAUUGACAGGUACUUACCGUGAUGACCUGUAUUCCUACUCUUUGUCCAUGCAGAGAAGUGUUUAGAAGAAGUUUAACAAAUCCACUCAGUGCUGAAUUUACAACUUUUAAACAUGCUUCUGAAGGGUUGUGGUUAACAAAAGGAUUGCGAGAAAGAAUAAAAAUACUAACCAUCCUAAAUGGACUAUUUUAUUUUGAAGUUAUAAAAAAAUGAAUGUUUACAUUUUAUAGCAUUACCAGUGUGCUCCAAAAGUAUGUAAAUGUGAUCUGUUUUCAAAGCUCGCUCUCUGGAUGUAGUACAAAGGGGAAAUAUAUCUUUACAUACAUGAAUUCAAAAGGCAGUGACCAAGGCUUGCCUGUUAGGGGCUCUUUAGAUGCCCACCUUUUUUCUUGUCCUCCUGUGAAAAGGUAAACAAACUUAAUGGAUUUCAAACACAUUUUGGCUUUACAAAGGUUAAGAGAAGAUGUGGUCAUAAGUUUAUUGUUUGGCUCAAUGCUUUCUGUACUGGCUUGAACUAUGUCUGGCUUCCAUUAUUUUGUUGCCCCUGCAAGGCAUUUCUUGCCACGGCCUAACAUGUAAUGAACACAUAUGCUGUUUGCUUUGUCCUGUGACUGCGGUAAGAGGGUCUUGAAUGUUUUAAUAUGUCUCAAUAAAACUUGU